UUUGCAAUAGUGCUAUGUAACAGACAAGUCCAAUGGCAUCUAAGACAAUUGUAACGUAUAUUGACGAAGAUAGAAAUACAAGUUUACAUUAUCUUGCGAUACGUGGUGAAUUGGAAAAAAUUGAAGAAGAAUUGAAAAGUAAUAACGAAAUCGACCCAGGUAAUUACCUAGGAUGGACGCCUCUCAUGAUGGCGACCCGUUAUGGUAACAUUGACGCGAUAAAAUAUCUUUUAUCGAAACAUGCAGAUGCUACCCGUGUUAAUAACUUUGGAUGUAACAUCUUGUUAGCGGCCGUUGCAUCAGGAAGUUUAGAAGUAAUUGCCAUAAUAUUACAACACCUUCUCUUGGGAGGAAUAUCCAAGCAAAGUAUGCAACACAUAUUUUCACCAAUAUCGCUCGCUAUUUUAUUUGAUAAAAUCGAUGUAGUAAAGUACUUAAUUGAAAAGGGAUUCUGUGUGAAUAUUGCUACCCCUAUUACCGAAUUGACACCAAUGACAUUUGCGGCUACUAUGAGAAACGCUGAAAUCAUUCACUUUCUUCGAAGUAAAGGUGCAAAUGAAGAGAAUAAGUUAGAAACUACUCCUGGCCCACAUCAUCAUUAUUCGGUCACACCACAGCCACUAUUUUUUGUAAACUCCCCUCAAGCCCAACUGGUCUGUCUUUCUCCAAUGCCCAACCAUUGUCCAGAGCGCCUUCCAAACUUCAAUGCAAAUUCACCCUUUACGUAUCCUCAAUAUUUUUUCCCUCAGAGCUUUUCUCAUUAUUCAAAUUCCUCAAAUGUACCACUGCCUUGUGAACCAAGUGUAAAUGUCGAACGUCCUAUAAUUUUCCAUAAUAACAAACUAGUGCUGUCCCCAUAUAACACACCUUAUUAAUUUUUUAAUUUUGACAAAUAUAUUACGACUUAAAGCUUUUUAAAAAAUGAUCUAAACAUUUAUAAAAUUUCCUAAAAUAAUGAAUAAAAAUAUUGAUUUUAUAAAGUAAA